AUGACUGACUUAGAUCUAUUCACUAACUACAGCAUGAUAAGUCCAUCCUUUGCUCUCAAAGAGGCCUUGAAGACUGUCAACAACGAAGAUCCUGCCAAAAGAGUUUCUGAUGAGAUGCUUGACUAUCUUAGUGAAGAUUUUCUUGCUAAUAAGACAGAUUAUGAGAUCUUUUACCCUGAAAUCAUCUGGUGUCUUUGAAAGACCCUCCCCUAUGAGCAUCCUUUGAUUCAAAAAUUUAUACCUGAUGUAGAAGCUAUGGAAAACUACAUGCUCUUCCAGAAGAGUAUCACGCCUAUCAAAGAACUUGAAGAUCCAAAUAACUCAUAUAAGGAGAUCAAUCCUUACAAGACAGUUUAUCCUGAGACUUAUAGACUUAAGAUGUGGACUGUUUUCGGUGACUUGUUUAUCCAUCUUGGUUGCGACAAGUUGUACCUUAUCAUGGAGGAAAUGCUCAAUGAUAACUUCAAUUUAGCUAGUAAGCAAGCUGAAGUAUAUCGUCAACUCUUCUUGUCCAUGUUCAGACUUGAAAAAUUUGACUCUUUAGUGCAGAUAAUCACCUUUUCAGGCGACCUCUGGAAGCUCAUGAAGGUCCUCUUUGUAGAGACCAUCAAACCAGAGAACGAAUGGUCUGAGAAGGCUAGAGAAAUCUUCGAUAUUGUUUUAGGAAAUAAACAAUAUUUCAUCAAUCCACUUGAAAGCCUAGUAUACAACAAAGACGAAGAGCUUGCUCAAAAAGUGAUGGAAUUUGCCAUAGAGCACGACUGUAUGCACAAACUUGUCAGUGCUAAAAAGAAUGGCUCAUCCUCGAACAUAUUGCACUGCGAUUACAUAAUCAGGACAUACGCAACUGACGAUGCUACAAAAGAACUCUGGAAGACCCUCAAUGAAAGACAGUUCAAUAAACUUAAGGAGGAAAAAGGAGAAGAGAACGAGCAUAUUCAGCAAGUACUUAAGAAUCUUGAAAAGCCACCCAGAAGUGACAAAGAUAUGGCCAAGACCAUCAGACUUCCAAGCUAAGAACUUUUUGCAUAAAGUUUUAA